AUGGGGCAGACUAGCAAGUUCCUCCUGCAGGCCAACAGCCCUGUCUCCCAAGUCAGCUUCGACUCAGUAACACCAGGGCUCUCCCGCUACCCCGGAGGACGGGCUCGAGUUCCCGCUGGAUGUCCGCCCCUCACCCCGCUCUCGCCUGCACCGCCGUUAUCUGGAGGUGGCCUGGUGGGAUGGAAGACGUGUCAGCGGAAGCAGUGGCGGGUGGACCUGCCAGCCACCAGUGUGGUGAUCACGUUUCACAACGAAGCCAGGUCGGCCCUGCUGAGGACGAUAGUCAGUGUGCUUAAGAAAAGCCCGCCCCAUCUCAUUAAAGAAAUCAUCUUGGUGGAUGACUACAGCAAUGAUCCUGAGGACGGGGCUCUCUUGGGAAAAAUUGAGAAAGUGCGGGUUCUUAGAAAUGAUCGGCGAGAAGGCCUGAUGCGCUCGCGGGUUCGCGGGGCUGAUGCCGCCCAAGCCAAGGUCCUGACCUUCCUGGACAGUCACUGCGAGUGUAAUGAGCACUGGCUGGAGCCCCUCCUGGAGAGGGUGGCCGAGGACAGGACUCGGGUUGUGUCACCCAUCAUCGAUGUCAUCAAUAUGGACAACUUUCAGUACGUGGGGGCAUCUGCUGACUUGAAGGGCGGUUUUGAUUGGAACUUGGUGUUCAAGUGGGAUUACAUGACGCCUGAGCAGAGAAGAUCCCGACAGGGGAAUCCGGUCGCCCCCAUAAAAACCCCCAUGAUUGCUGGCGGGCUGUUCGUGAUGGACAAGUUCUACUUUGAAGAACUCGGGAAGUACGACAUGAUGAUGGACGUGUGGGGAGGAGAGAACCUGGAGAUCUCAUUCCGCGUCUGGCAGUGUGGCGGCAGCCUAGAGAUCAUCCCGUGCAGCCGCGUGGGACACGUGUUCCGGAAGCAGCACCCCUACACGUUCCCGGGGGGCAGCGGCACUGUCUUUGCCCGCAACACUCGCCGGGCAGCAGAAGUCUGGAUGGAUGAAUACAAGAAUUUCUAUUACGCAGCAGUGCCUUCUGCCAGAAACGUUCCUUACGGCAAUAUCCAGAGCAGAUUGGAGCUCAGGAAGAAGCUUAGCUGCAAGCCUUUCAAAUGGUACCUUGAGAAUGUCUAUCCAGAGCUAAGGGUUCCAGACCAUCAGGAUAUCGCUUUUGGGGCCUUGCAGCAGGGAACCAACUGCCUCGACACUUUGGGACAUUUUGCUGAUGGCGUGGUUGGGGUCUAUGAGUGUCACAAUGCCGGGGGAAACCAGGAGUGGGCCUUGACAAAGGAGAAGUCAGUGAAGCACAUGGACUUGUGCCUUACGGCGGUGGACCGGGCACCGGGCUCGCUCAUAAAGCUGCAGGGCUGCCGAGAAAACGACAGCAGACAGAAGUGGGAGCAGAUCGAGGGCAACUCCAAGCUGCGGCACGUGGGCAGCAACCUGUGCCUGGACAGCCGCACGGCCAAGAGCGGGGGCCUGACCGUGGAGGUGUGCGGCCCCGCCCUCUCGCAGCAGUGGAAGUUCUCGCUCAACCUGCAGCAGUAGGAGGCCGGGAGGCCCCGCAGCCGGCCCCUGCCUGCCAGGCGGAGUGCAGCCACCCCAUUAUGGUUAUGUUUCUUAAACUUUCCGCGAAACUAUAUACCUCAGUAUUCCAUCACGGUCUGAAGGUCGGAGGACGUCAGCGAGGCGUGGACUGCCGUCACCGCCGCGGGA